UAACCCAAGCAUUCAAAUAUCGUGUUUGCUUUAGUUUAGCUUCUACGGUAAAUUUAUCUGGUUUGAAUUUUCUACAUUUUCAGAAAAUGAACAAGGUAUACUUGGUGGCCAUCUUGGUUCUCUCAGUGCUUCUGGUGGCAAAUGUAUCUCCAGUAGAAGGAAUACCUACAGGAGGAUGUCCAGUUUCGGAUGCUUUAUGUACGAAAUACUGCAAGAGUAAUAAAUAUGGCAAAAGCGGGAAAUGCUCUGGACCAAAUAAAACAACUUGUAAAUGUUCAGUUUAAUACUGAUUUGAGAUUUUUUCAAAUGAAUAAAAUGUUAUAAAUUCAA